CCGAGGUUUGAGGACGGAGCUUCUUCUGCUGGUACUCGCGUCUCACACUUUCUUCCUACUUCCCGCAGGAUCGUUCAGUUCUCCAAUGGCAAGGGGCCAGGACCUGAUGCACGCAUAAUUUACAUAGAUGGUGCUUUUGAUCUUUUCCAUGCUGGCCAUGUUGAGAUUCUCAGGCGUGCUCGAGAGCUUGGGGACUUUCUUCUUGUUGGAAUCCAUAAUGACCAGACUGUCAGUGGUAAAAGAGGAGCGCAACACCCAAUCAUGAAUCUCCAUGAAAGAAGCUUAAGUGUUUUGGCAUGCCGCUAUGUAGACGAGGUGAUAAUUGGUGCCCCAUGGGAAGUGUCAAAAGAUACGAUCACGACAUUUAACAUUUGGAAAGUGGUUCAUGGGACAGUAGCAGAGAGCGAUGAUUUUCAAAAGGAGGAAGAUAAUCCGUAUGCAGUACCAAAAAGCAUGGGCAUAUUCGAAGUACUAGAAAGCCCUCUUGAUAUCUCAACUUCCACCAUAAUCAAGAGGAUUGUAGCAAACCAUGAAGCUUAUCAGAAACGUAAUUUGAAAAAGGAAGCUAGUGAGAAGAAGUACUACGAGCAGAAGUCUUUUGUGACCGGCGACUGAUAGAUUCAGAUGCUAUAAUAUGUUUUAGAGGACAAAACCAUCUUCAGGAUGUGAAUCUUUUAUAUCUUUGUAGAGGCUAUAGUACCUUACAUAUUACAUUUUGUUCUCUAGUCUAUGUUUUACAUAAAAGAGGGCAUCAAUUGGUUUACACUACCAAAUUGCUUCUUUUAAUUUUCUUUACUUUUGGGGAUGUUACAUUAUACUUUUUGACUUUCGUUUAAUCAAAUAACAAUGAUAAAAAUUUGAAUUUA